AUGGGGUGGGCAGGACCCCUCUGGAGGUGGAUGCUGGCCACCCUGCUCACAGCCCUGAUUCUAGGGGUCUCAGAGCCAGUUCUCGCCAAUGAUGUUUCCUCUUGUGACAACCCUUCUGGCAUGAGCCCCUCUGGGACCAACAGAGACCUGGGAGUGGAUUCCAGGAAGAACAGCCAGUCAGACGACAGCCGGUCAGACGACAGCCGGUCAGACGACAGCAGCUCUCGAAUAGUGAAUGGAUCAGACUGUGAGAAGGAUGCUCAGCCCUGGCAGGGCGCGCUGCUACUGGGACCCAACAAACUGUAUUGCGGGGCGGUGUUGGUGAACCCACAGUGGCUGCUCACUGCAGCACACUGCAGGAAGCCAGUGUUCCGAGUCCGCCUGGGCCACCAUUCCAUGUCGCCUGUCUACGAGUCAGGGCAGCAGAUGUUCCAGGGGAUCAAGUCCAUCCCCCAUCCCGGUUACUCCCACCCUGGCCACUCCAAUGACCUUAUGCUCAUCAAACUGAACAGAAAAAUCCGGGACUCUCACUCCGUCAAGCCCAUCAGUGUGGCUUCCCACUGUCCCUCCCAGGGGACCAGGUGCACUGUGUCUGGCUGGGGAACGACCAGCAGCAGUCAUAAAAACUUCCCCAAGGUCCUUCAGUGCCUGAACAUCACUGUGCUGAGUGAGGAAAGGUGCAAGGACGCCUACCCAGGACAGAUAGACAAGACCAUGUUCUGUGCCGGCGACAAGGCAGGCAGGGACUCCUGCCAGGGUGAUUCCGGGGGACCUGUGGUCUGUGAUGGCCAGCUGCAGGGCCUGGUGUCCUGGGGUGAUUUCCCCUGUGCCAAGCCCAACAGGCCAGGCGUCUACACCAACCUCUGCAAGUUCUCUGAGUGGAUCAAUGAUACCAUCAGGUCCAACUAA